CGCUGACCGGAAUCUUCUCGAAAACAAUUUUUUCCUUGAAAAAAUGUCAAAAUAACAUUUAUUCUGUGGCUGACAGAGUCGGAUCUGUUAAGAAUGCAAAACGUCUUUGUACACAAUCUAAAGGGGUGAAGGGAAAUUAUGCUGAGUGUCCACGCCAGGUCUUCUCAGGCAUUCAGCCCACUGGUGUUCCCCACAUAGGCAACUAUCUUGGUGCCAUUCAACAUUGGGUCAAUCUCCAGAAGACAGAGAGCAAUGUCAUCUACAGCAUUGUUGAUCUUCAUUCCAUCACUGUCCGUCAGGAUCCAAGUCUUCUCAGGGAAAACAUCCUAGAUAUGGCAGCAUGUUUGAUGGCAUGUGGAAUCGACCAUAAAAAGUGUAUAUUCUUUCAACAAUCUGAUGUUCAAGAGCAUACAGAGCUCUCAUGGAUUUUGGGUACUUUUUGUUCCCUCGGCAAACUGCACCUACUGCCUCAGUGGAAGGAAAAAUCAAAAGAGUUAACUGAUGUUGGCAGUGGUUUGCUGACCUACCCAAUUUUACAAAGUGCUGACAUUCUUUUAUACAAAGGGACACAUGUUCCAGUUGGCGAUGACCAAGUCAAACACGUGGAACUGACAGGAUACCUCGGCCGGAUCUUCAACAACAGAUAUGGCACUUACUUUCCGAAACCUAUGUGCUUAGUCACUGAGGCCAAGAGGAUUAAAAGUUUACGGGACCCGAAGGUGAAAAUGAGCAAAUCGGACAGAAACAAGAAAAGUUGUAUUAAACUUACUGAUAGUCCUGAUGAAAUUUUUGAAAAAAUAAAGAAGGCUCAAACGGAUUUUAUAUCUACUGUCACAUAUGAUCCAGAGACACGUCCUGGAGUCAGUAAUCUACUUGACAUUCAUAGUGCUUUCACUGGAAAAACGCCUGAGGAGAUUUGUGAGGAGAAUUGUCUUGUGGACACUGGGGCUUAUAAAAAGAUUUUAGCAGACGUUGUGAUUGCAAAGCUUAGACCAAUACGAGAACAAUACUUGCGGUUAAAAAGUGACUGUCGAUAUGUUGAGGAUGUUUUAAAGACUGGUGCUGACAAAGCACGCAGCAUUGCUGAAAAGACUUCUAAAGAGGUGAAAGAAUUGAUAGGUUUGAAAUAGAACUGGUGCUUUAAGAUCAAUAUGUUUGAAAUGAUUUAAUAUUUAUUUGACCGAUUUUAAGGAAGCAUUCUAUGAAAGUCAUUGAUUAAUGUAUGAUUUCAAGUAAAAUGCUGGACUAAAACCUACUGUCGUGCAGUCUACUGGUGCCUUCUUCACAUUCUGUGGCUGGCAAAGAUAUUUUGUUACACUGUUUCUUCAAAUACUUCUGUUUAUGCUGCCAGUAAUGUUUACUGGGAAA